AUGGCCGAGUUUUCCAGCAAUAACAAUUCCCAUUUCAGCCCCCAUCCUGAUUAUGCGGAAAUUGUUGUGGUGCGUCACGGGGAAACAGCUUGGAAUGCUACUGCCAAAAUCCAGGGACACCUGGAUGUUGAGUUAAAUGAAACUGGAAGAGAGCAAGCAGCUGUAGUGGGUGAUAGACUAUCCAGGGAAUCUAAGGUCUCUGUUAUAUAUUCCUCUGACUUGCAACGAGCUUUUGAAACAGCAGAGAUAAUUGCAUCCAAGUGUGGAGGGCUAGAGGUUGUCAAGGAUUCUGAGCUACGGGAAAGACACCUAGGGGAUCUUCAAGGCCAUGUCUAUCAUGAAAUAGCAAAAACUAAUCCCUUAGCUUACAAGGCUUUUGUGUCUAAGAAUGAAGAUGAAGAAAUACCAGGUGGUGGAGAAAGUCUUGUUCAACUUUUUGAUCGCAGCACAUCUGCAUUGCUUAGAAUUGGCUUAAAGCAUAAAGGGGAGCGGAUAAUCGUUGUCACUCAUGGAGGAUUCAUCAGAGCCCUUUACAAGUGGGCAUGUCCAAACGGAAGGCCUGGGAAGGUACUCAAUACAUGUGUUAGUGUUUUCCACCUGUACGGUGAGGAGAAAUGUACCUUGAAAGUGUGGGGUGAUGUCAGUCAUCUGAGCAAAACUGGAUUUCUAGAGUCUGGUUUUGGGGGUGAUAGAAAUUCUGAGACAGAACAAGAAGACAAAAAUGAAAUUGCAGAGACACGUUUACGUGGGGAGCUGAAUUAUGGUAAUGGCAUGUGGCUUCACUCAAUCCUUUCCACAUGGAUGUUACACGAUGGACCAUUCAAUGUCCCCACAUGUUCUCUUUCUUACAACUUCAACACCACCACAUCAUUAAUCUCAACCCUUCCUUAA